GUUGUAUAACGACUACAAACGGAUCUUCUAUGGUCAGGAUAGGAAAUACUACCGUCGUAUGUGGUAUAAAAGCUGAAGUGGCUACACCUAAGUUUAAUACACCUCUGGAAGGAUAUUUAGUUCCAAACAUCGAUCUCUCACCAAUUUGUUCUCCAAAGUUUAAACCUGGGCCACCGGGUGAACUGGCCCAAGUGUUGAGUGAGAAUUUGAAUAAUUUACUAAAAAGUGCAUCUGUAUUGGAUUUAAAAUCUCUUUGCAUUAAAGAGGGUACAGCUGUUUGGGUUCUUUACAUAGAUUUGGUUUGUGUUAAUUAUGAUGGCAAUAUUUAUGAUGCGUCUGUUAUUGGGAUGAUAACUGCUUUAACAAAUGUAAAACUUCCUGAAGCUACUUUUGAAGAAAGCAGUGGCAUAGUAAAAGCUACUGAGGAGUUGUCAGUCUCUCUUAAACUUCAACGAAUACCAUAUUCA